AUGGAUCCCUCUUACAACCAACCACUUUCUGAACAUCAGAUGAACAUGGCGAGACAGCUCAUCGAAAGGAAUUUCUUCGUCGACUGUCUAAGUCUCGCUUCUGAUCAGGAGCUUGAUUAUGGCAUUUCAAGCCCCGACUAUCCAUCUCGUCCGGCGACUCUUGUUAAUAUGCCUCCAACAGAACCUGAGGUUGUCGCAUUCAUUAUGAGCACCAAGUCCAAUUGCACAAAGCUUCUGGAUGGCUUUGUAAAGCUUGGCUUUGAGCCUCGUCAUGCCAUGGUGCCUUUGGAGAACCGGGACAGCAAUGAUCGACAGUCUGCCUUUGUCAAAUUUUUAGAGGCGGUCUAUGAGGGAAACACUCUCAUUCGCAAUCGAACUAGAAUUGUUGACAUCUUCAAGUGGUUCAUCGAGUGUCAAGACAGCGUACACAGCCUCUCAGCUUCGGAUCUCCAUCCCAGGAAGACAAGUCAUUGGACUGACCCAGGGCGACCUCAAGCCCCGAUGGACCAUCUAACUGAGAUGCUGAAAUGGCAAACAUCAGGCUUCAGGGUUUUCGGGAUCGCCAUGACGCCACAGUGUCCAGCAUCCUUCCUUCGAGUCUUCCUCUCCAAUCGUACGCAAGAGGAUCAAGAGUUCGUAGCGGUUGGUAAAGUCUGGAAAUCAUCUGGCGCCGACCUUCCACGAGGUAUGCAUUAUGCCAUGACCUACAUGGAAAACAUCGUCACACACAUUUAUCGGGACCUCUUUGGCGCAACCGAACAUGUCGGUGGCCGCUUACGCAUCGAUCAGGAGUACCGGGCGAAGCUGGCGCUGUUGAACCAGCCCCAGUGGACUGACAACACAGAGGCCCAAGCACUGAGGAAUCUUGCUGAGGUGGUCAAUGACAUUCUUCAUGAGAUGGAGCUCCAAACAGACUUUUCGCAGGCAGAAGAGGGAGCGGGAUUCAAGACUUACAGCUGGUUCAGACUGUGUCGUGCUGUCUCUGGUCUGGCCGACGACUCCUACCGUGCCGAGACUGAGGAGUAUUCCAAGUACCAUGGCGACAGACGGCAUCGGUUCGUUAUAGAUCCCUUAUGGGACCCUAGACUUCAGUGGAUAGAAUCCGAGCUUGACCAGCGGGUCUUGGAUUCUAUUUUGCUCAUUGCUCAGCUUCCGCGUGUUGAAGUGGCCAAUCUCUGGCGAGAGAUGAUCCUUGAGCGAGGCAACGGUUGUCAAUGGUGGGAAGUCGAAGAAGCGUACAAUUUCCAUGUUGAUGCCUGGGAUGUCGAAAAGGCCCUCGAAGAAGGUGCUCUCGAUAGAUUUGCUGACCUGAGCUUGUAG